AUGCCUCAGAACGAGUAUAUGGAGCGCUGGAGAAAGCAGCAUGGUCGCCGUCUCGAUUACGAGGAACGAAAGCGCAAGAAGGAGGCGCGUGAGGGCCAUAAGGCGUCGAAGGAUGCGCAGAACCUGCGCGGUCUCAGGGCUAAGCUUCACGCGAAGAAGCGACACAACGAGAAGAUCCAGAUGCGCAAGCAGAUCAAGGCCCACGAGGAGCGCAACGUUAAGACGAACAACGAGAAGGAACCCAGCGAGCCCAUGCCUGCCUACCUGCUUGACCGAAACAACCCGAGCAAUGCCAAGGCAAUUUCUUCACAGAUCAAGAACAAGCGUGCUGAAAAGGCAGCGAGAUUUGCGGUCCCUCUGCCCAAGGUCCGCGGUAUCAGUGAGGAGGAGAUGUUCAAGGUCGUCAACACCGGCAAGAAGACGCAUAAGAAGUCAUGGAAGCGUAUGAUCACCAAGCCUACCUUUGUCGGCCAGAACUUCACAAGAGCGAAUCCUAAGGCCGAGCGCUUCAUCCGUCCCAGUGGUCUUCGUUACAAGAAGUGCAACUGCACGCAUCCUGAGCUUGGUGUUACCGUUCAGCUCCCCAUCUUGAGUGUGAAGAAGAACCCCAAUGCUCCGUUAUAUACUCAGUUGGGAGUUUUGACGAAGGGAACUAUCAUCGAAGUCAACGUGAGCGAGAUGGGUCUUACUACAGCAUCUGGUAAGGUUGCUUGGGGUCGUUACGCGCAGAUCACGAACGUGCCCGAAAAUGAGGGCUGCAUCAACGCCGUCUUGCUUGUUUAG